UCACGCCGCCGCGGGAGGAAGGAGCGUUUCGGAUGGGAGGAUGGUGGAGGGACCACGAAAAGGGGUGAUGCGGGUUAGGGUCGAGGGGAACCCAACCCACUGAGGGUUUUAUCACUGUUAAAGAAGAGUGAGACACAAGGAGAGUGGAGAGAGGAGGCAGAUAUUUGGCGGGUGGGGGGCUGCAGGAUGUUCCAAAUAGGGCAGCCGCGAGGGCCCUAAGGCUGGGGGCUCCUCUGUGAGGCCCUACCCCUGGGCCCCCAAGCCAGAAUGUCCCCAGAACAAAGCUUUCCUGUUGUGUUGUUUGUCUGAGUGGGGGGAAAGCAUGUUCGGGGGGCCUCUUGCUGGAGAGGGGCUGUUCUCAGCCCCAGACAGAGGAAAGGCCUUGGCUGAGGAGCCGAUUGGCGCCCUGGGCUCCCGUUGCCCAGUGACAGCCAUGGCAGUGUUGGCAGGAGGUCUGGACAACCCCACCCCACACCCCUCCCAGCUUGAGGCCUGGCCCUCCUGGGCCCCUUGAACCUGCAGGGCAUGUGAGAGCCUGUGUGCUGGGUAGGCUGUGCAGGGGGUUCUCCAUGUGUUCUGGUCUCUGCCCUCUCUGCCUUGGGAUCUGCCCAGACAGGACUCUGGGCUUGGCUCCCAUUCAGAAACCUAACUAAGAUCUGAGGGUCUCCUAACCCCCCUUGCCUGCUUCUCUCCACAAUCAGUAGCUGUCUGUCCUCUGUCCGAAUGGCUGAAUGGAAUCAUCUGGGUCCUUCCCGCCGCCCCUUGCCCCUCGUUGGCUCCUGCCAGUCCCUCUCCUCACCUGUUGCCCAUGUCUGUCCAUUGCUCUGUGUACUUGGCUCUCUCACAAUCACCUUCUAUCCAUCUUCCACAUUGUCUCUCUCUGCUGUCUCUUUCUGUUUGCUCCCGCUUUGUUCCCACAGCUUCCUUCCUCUUACAUCCUGUCUGGGUCUCCCUCUUGCUCAGUCUUAUCUCUGUCUCUGGACCAUUCUCUGCCCUUGGUCUCUAAUCACUAUCUUUUGAUCUCUGGGUCUCUUAGACCAAUGGGUGGGGGUGAUGGAGGUGCCAAUGACAGAACUAGGAAAGGACGUUGUGAGACAGAACAACUGAUGGGGACAGUUUUACUCUUUACAAAAGGGAGGGAGAGCCUAUCUCUGGGUCUCUGUCUCUCACCUCCCUCCCUAGUCUGCACCUCUCUCACCAUGUUUCUGCUCUUGUUUAGUUUGUUUCUUUCUCACUUAGUCCAUGGGUCCCUGUCUUUCUCUCCCACCAUCUCUGUCUCUGUCCUUAUUCAGUGUCUCUCUUCCUCUCACGACCUCUCUCUGGAACCCAGGCCUGACUUCAUCUGUGAUUUCUCUUACACACUCUCUCUCUGGGGCACCCAGGCCUUCCCUGCCAUGCGACCUGUCAGUAUCUGGCAGCGGAGCCCAUGGGGGCUGCUGCUCUGUCUGCUGUGCAGCUCAUGCCUGGGAUCUCCAUCCCCAUCCACGGCCCCCGAGAAGAGGGCUGGGAGCCAGGGGCUGCGGUUCCGGCUGGCCGGCUUCCCCAGGAAGCCCUUUGAGGGCCGAGUGGAGAUACAGAGAGCUGGCGAGUGGGGCACCAUCUGCGAUGACGACUUCACGCUUCAGGCUGCCCACGUCCUCUGCCGAGAGCUGGGCUUCACAGAGGCCACGGGCUGGACCCACAGUGCCAAAUAUGGCCCUGGAACAGGCCGCAUCUGGCUGGACAACCUGAGCUGCAGUGGGACUGAGCAGAGUGUGACCGAGUGUGCCUCCCGGGGCUGGGGGAACAGUGACUGUACCCAUGAUGAGGAUGCUGGAGUCAUCUGCAAGGACCAGCGCCUCCCCGGCUUCUCGGAUUCUAAUGUCAUUGAGGUAGAACAGCACCUGCAAGUGGAAGAAGUGCGACUUCGGCCCGCCGUGGGGAGGGGCAGGCGGCCUCUGCCAGUGACCGAGGGACUGGUCGAAGUCAGGCUUCCCGACGGCUGGUCGCAAGUGUGUGACAAAGGCUGGAGCGCCCAUAACAGCCACGUGGUCUGCGGGAUGCUGGGCUUCCCUAGCGAAAAGAGGGUUAACACGGCCUUCUACAGAAAGUUGAGGAAGCGAGCGGCCAAAGCCUCGGCCCGACGCCCCAAGCCCCUUGGAAGACCAAUCACCAAGCUUAAAGUCAAACCCAAACCCCGAGUGGGCAGGGGAUCAAUCAAGAGGCUGCUGGCCCAGCGGCAGCAACACUCCUUUGGUCUGCAUGGGGUGGCGUGCGUGGGCACGGAGGCCCACCUCUCCCUCUGCUCCUUGGAGUUCUAUCGUGCCAAUGACACCACCAGGUGCCCUGGGGGGGCCCCUGCGGUGGUGAGCUGUGUGCCAGGCCCUCUCUACGCAGCAUCCAGUGGCCAGAGGAAGCAACAACAGUCGAAGCCUCAGGGGGAGACCCGAGUGCGUCUAAAGGGUGGGGCCCACCCUGGAGAGGGCCGGGUAGAAGUCCUGAAGGCCAGCACAUGGGGCACAAUCUGUGACCGCAAGUGGGACCUGCAGGCAGCCAGCGUGGUGUGUCGGGAGCUGGGCUUCGGGAGUGCUCGAGAGGCUCUGAGUGGUGCCCGCAUGGGGCAGGGCAUGGGUGCCAUCCACUUAAGUGAGGUUCGAUGCUCUGGACAGGAACCCUCCCUCUGGAGGUGCCCCCACAAGAACAUCACAGCCGAAGACUGUUCCCAUAGCCAAGAUGCUGGAGUCCGAUGCAACCUGCCCUACACUGGGGUAGAGACCAAGAUCCGACUCAGUGGGGGCCGCAGCCAACACGAGGGGCGAGUGGAGGUGCAAAUAGGGGGACCUGGGUCCCUUCGCUGGGGGCUCAUCUGUGGGGAUGACUGGGGGACACUGGAGGCCAUGGUGGCCUGUAGGCAACUUGGACUGGGCUAUGCCAACCAUGGCCUGCAGGAGACCUGGUACUGGGACUCAGGGAAUAUAACAGAGGUGGUGAUGAGUGGAGUGCGCUGCACAGGGUCUGAGCUGUCCCUGGACCAGUGUGCUCAUCAUGGCACCCACAUUGCCUGCAAGAGAACAGGAACCCGCUUCACUGCUGGAGUCAUCUGUUCCGAGACUGCAUCAGACCUGCUGCUGCACUCAGCACUGGUGCAGGAGACCGCCUACAUCGAGGACCGGCCCCUACACAUGCUGUACUGUGCUGCAGAAGAGAACUGCCUGGCCCGCUCAGCCCGCUCAGCCAACUGGCCUUAUGGCCACAGGCGUCUGCUCCGAUUCUCCUCCCAGAUCCACAACCUGGGACGAGCUGACUUCAGGCCCAAGGCCGGGCGCCACUCCUGGGUGUGGCACGAGUGUCAUGGGCAUUACCACAGUAUGGACAUCUUCACUCACUAUGAUAUCCUGACCCCCAAUGGCACCAAGGUGGCUGAGGGCCACAAAGCUAGUUUCUGUCUAGAAGACACCGAAUGUCAGGAGGAUGUCUCCAAGAGGUAUGAGUGUGCUAACUUUGGAGAGCAGGGCAUUACCGUGGGUUGCUGGGAUCUUUACCGGCAUGACAUCGACUGCCAGUGGAUUGACAUCACAGAUGUGAAGCCAGGAAACUACAUUCUGCAGGUGGUCAUCAACCCCAAUUUUGAAGUAGCAGAAAGUGACUUCACCAACAACGCAAUGAAGUGUAACUGCAAAUAUGAUGGACAUCGCAUCUGGGUGCACAACUGCCACAUUGGUGAUGCCUUCAGUGAAGAGGCCAACAGGAAGUUUGAGCGCUACCCUGGCCAGACCAGCAACCAGGUCAUCUAAGGUGCUGCCACCCUCCUCUGAAAACCACCACUGGCCCCUAAUGGCAGGGGUCUGAGGCUGCCAUUACCUCAGGAGCUUACCAAGAAACCCCUGAUGUCAGCAGGCCAGCCAUGCUCAUCCAGUGUGUGCUAUGGAUGUGGAAACAUCAAAAUGAAGUUAUUGCCCUCCUUCCUAUGCCAGCUGCCGGAUCUGUGGCCAAGCAUGGGGAAUUUUUGCUCCCAGGCCCAGCACUGAGUGAAGCACACUACAAAGAGCAGCACCUGAUUGACUGCCCAGAACAACAGACAGCAGGAGCUCAUUUUCUCAAAUAGGGAGGUCAGAAUGGUCAGCUCCAGUAUCUCCCCUCCGUUCAGGGGGAAUACAGCUUUACCUCUAGCCUCUUCAUGGGGAAAAAGAUCAGUACCCCCCGCCCCGCCCUUAUUUUUGACUAUAACAUGAUGCUAGGUAUAAUUUUAUUUUAUAUAAAAAGCAUUUGUGUGAUUCCUCAGA